AUGCCUCCAAGGGCUACUCUCCCCCGGGCCGCAAAACUUGACGGCAAAAGUGCCCCCAAGAGGGUCAAUGCAAAACGCAAGAAAAGCUUGAAGGAAGAUGAAGGAGCUGCCCCGAAGAAGGCAAAAACAGAAACGGGAAUCCCGCAACUCCUAAACGAGGAACUUCUUGCAGCCGAUCUCAAGGUUGAUUACUCGAAGACCUGGAAGAAGCCUAGACAAGAAAUUCCCAAGAAACAGAAAUGGCCAAUGGUAAAAGAUGUCAUCACAGAGCUCGAAGACACGCCUAAAGGCUGGAACCCAGAGGAGCCUGAUCUGAUGCCCGACGACUUCAAAGCUCAGAUAGAAAGGUGUCGUGAGCGGAUCGCAGAGAAUAUCAUGCCUCAUGUUUAUCGGCAUAAAAUGAAAGAAUUCAUUGCAAAGCAGUCGCAACGCGAGAGACUGAUGGCUAGAGAGCCAGGUUUGAGUUGGCCCGAGGCACAGCGCGUAGAUGAUCUCAAAUUCACAUUGGAUCAACUCGCGGGGGAGAACGACGAGUACAAGAUGGUCAGUACGGUGAAAGCCAUCAUUGCAAGGUAUCGAUCCGGGGAAUUGAGUUGGAAUCCGGACCUUGUCACCUACUGGUAUUCUGGAGUCCAGCUCUGCUUGCCGAGACCUUUCCACUGGGAUGAAUACCGCUACGUCCAUGACAAGUACGAGGGACAUGUAGGAUUUUGGGUUGAAGGUAUUCUCGGGCCUGGGCCUAGCAUGAGCAAGGCUUCGAUGGUGAGGGUUGCCCUUCGGAUCCCGAAGGUUCCAGCGAUUGCAGUAAGAGAAGGAGAGAGAAAAAAGGAAAAAGGGGAAAAAGACCCAAAACCAUUAAGCAGGCCACCUUUCUUUGAUUUCCCAUUUAUGGAUGACACCGGGGCUACACAUAUGCUCCUAUUCGAAGACGACAUCAACGUUCUUCGGAAUCUGGAAGCAGAAAGUGGACCCGUAUACCCCUUGCCCCGAUGCAUGGGCGUCGGAGUUCUUUAUCUCGCAGAUGGGAACCGAGUCACCUCGAUAUUCCGAGAAAUAGAAGUCAACAUGUGGAGCUACGAUGAACGGAAAUGGAUGUCCCCGGACUGGCAAGCGAUAUCCGCUUGUGUUCAGAGUGGUCAAUCAACGCGUGCCGGCGCUGAUCGUCUGUUAGGGUCAUGGCUGCGGCACAGGUUCUAUACUGGAACUUGUCCGGAUCAGUCGUUGCGUCUUUGGGUUUUUGACUAUAACCCUGGGAUCCCACAGGGCCAGAGGACUCUUCCUACCGCGACACCGGCACAAUUGAACGCGCCCUACCCAGUUGCACGUGUUCGUCCGAUUGAUGACUUUCCUCAUCUUGACCCGAAUCUGGCGACAGGGCACAGUCUGUUCUAA